CCAGCUAUUAUUUAAAAGUACCAAUAAUUUUUAUCUCUUCCGUCUCUGUGUAAUUUACAGACAAAGCACUGGGAAUAUAAUAUCAAACAAGCUUUAUUUAUUUUUAUUUAAUGUUCCUAUCACUACAAUUGUUCUUCAAAUAUGGAUGCCAAUCUACCCACCGAAAUUCUAAAGGACUCUGUCAGUAAAAGCCUGCCUACAUCAUUGGAAUCCUGUCUACUGAAGAGAGAAUACCCGUCUGAAGAGGAGUGUGAAGAAGCAUGUCCGAUCUGUGGUGAUAAGGUCUCUGGCUACCACUACGGACUCCUAACCUGUGAAAGCUGCAAGGGUUUCUUCAAACGCACAGUCCAGAACAACAAACGCUAUACAUGCACAGAGAACCAGACUUGCCCAAUUGACAAAAUGCAGAGGAAGCGUUGCCCUUUCUGUCGUUUUCAAAAAUGUCUCAGUGUUGGAAUGAAAUUGGAAGCUGUAAGAGCAGACAGAAUGAGAGGUGGACGGAACAAAUUUGGGCCCUUAUACAGAAGAGAUAGAGAAUUAAAGCAACAAAAAAAGACAUUUGUGGUUUCUGAAAGUGGAAUAAAGCAUGAAUCUAUUUUGCAGUCAAUUCACACAUUCCAAGGUAAUGGGACUAUGUCACCAUCAAAUGAACAGAAAUCACAUUCACUAGAACACAGUCAAUUGUCACCUUUUAAGGACUACAGCAGAAAUGCUCCUGGCUGCACACCAACGAACAUGUCCUUAACAAGCCAGCACAGCAUACCAGGGUUCCAGAUCUAUAACCCUUACCCUCUUUGCCCUGUAAAAUCAGAGUACAUGGAUCCACUUUUUAUGGGUUCACCUGACCACCACCUUAUGGGAAGCCCUUAUGUGCCAGUUUCACAUUGUGGAAUGCCACCUUUGAUUUUGGAGUUGUUGAGGUGUGAAAUGGAAGAGCAUCAACUCCAGUCUAGGAUUCUUAAUCAUCUACAGCAGGAACAAGCCAACAGAGGGAAACAUGACAGACUUAAUACAUUUGGGAUUAUGACCAAAAUGGCAGAUCAGACAUUAUUUUGCUUGGUGGAAUGGGCCCGAAGCUGUGUAUUCUUCAAAGAACUUAAGGUAGAAGAUCAAAUGAGACUCCUGCAAAACUGCUGGAGUGAACUUUUAGUGAUGGAUCACAUCUACAGACAGGUGGUUUAUGGGAAAGAAGGAAGUAUUCUCCUGGUCACAGGACAACAAAUUGACCUUUCUACAAUCUCCUCUCAAGCUGGAGAUGCUCUAAACAACCUGGUAAGCCGCACUCAGGAACUGGUAUCCAAACUGAGAGCUCUACAGAUGGACAGACAAGAAUUUGUAUGUUUGAAGUAUCUGGUGCUUUUCAGUUCAGAUGUCAAAAAUCUGGAGAACCGAGCCUUUGUGGAGAGUGUGCAGGAACAGGUAAAUCGAGCCCUCAUGGAUUACACUGCCUACAACCCACAGCAAGCUGACAAAUUUGGUCAGUUAUUGCUAAGGCUGCCUGAGAUACGAGCAAUCAGCAUGCAGAUAGAUGAGUAUCUUUUCAUGAAACAUCUCAGUGGGGACUUACCAUGUAACAACCUCCUUAUAGAAAUGCUCCAUGCCAAGCAAUCCUAGUAGCAAGACAAAAAGACAAUGGGGACUUGGAUGGACAUGGGAAUAUUCAACUCUGGAACAAAACCAAUAAGACUGUAAUAUAUGUAACAUACCAUGCAAUCCACAAGGAGAGGAAGACUGAAGCAAAGGAUGAUGAAACUCUAAUUAUGAAGACUUUAAAAUUUACUGUCUAAUAAAGUGCAAUAUCACAGCAUUGUGCAUAUAAAUUCUCCAAGUACGUGGGAUGCAACGCAAGAAAUGGGGUUUAAAUGAAUGUUUUUUACCCAGUUAAUGUGGAAACACCUGGUAUGGCACAAAAGAAUCUUUAAAGUUCCCAUAAUUGUGAACAACAUUAUAGAUGAUUUCCCUUCACAAGAUAUACAUCAAACUUAAAGGUGGAAUUCAAUAAAAAGAAGCUUUCAAAA